AUGGCUGCCAACGGUGCGGCGGCCCAACAGGCCUUUGCGCCCGUUCUUGCAGCGCUCGCCACCAUGCAGAGCAACGUCGACCGCACUCAGAAAGGCCAGGCUCACGAGUAUCUCGAGCAGUUCCAGAAGUCGGAGGAGGCAUGGACCACCAAUUUUGCUAUACUGCAGUCGCCCGACGCCGCCGUGGAGGCCAAGCUGUUCGCCGCGACGACACUCAAGGGAAAGAUUGUGUAUGAUCUCCACCAGCUCCCGCGCGAGUCGCUUUCGCCGCUCCGCGAUACCCUUCUCAACGUGCUCGCCGCCUUCCGCGCCGGCCCCAAGCCGAUCCGGAUGCAGCUCUGCGUGUGCCUGGCCAACCUGGCGAUACAAAUGAUGGAGUGGAAGGAUGUCCUGCCGCUGGUUGUUUCGACCCUUGGAAACGACCCUCAGAGCAUCCCCUGCGUCCUGGACUUCCUGCGGGUCCUGCCGGAAGAAGUCACCGAAGGACGAAAGAUUAAUCUCACUGAAGAUGAGCUACAGGAAAGGACAAAGGAACUGCUGGAAGACAACGCGCAGGAGGUCCUUGGCCUGCUGGGCCAAUAUUCCCAUGCCGCUUCGAAGAACCCUCAACUUAUGGAUUGCAUUCAAUCGUGGGCACGUGAGGUUCCCAUCAACGACAUCGUCAACUCCUCCCUGCUGGAUACGGUCCUGAACGGCCUCUCCGAGGACGAGCCUUUCGAGUCUGCUGUGGAGUGCAUCUGCGCUGUCAUCCGGGAGACCAGGGAUGUCGACGAGUGCAUGAAUGUCAUCUCGACCCUCUAUCCCAAGCUUAUGGCUUUAAGGCCCAAGAUCGAGCAAGCCGCUGAAGAGGAGGAUACUGAGGUGUUCAAGGGCAUUGCCAGGGUUUUCGCCGAGGCUGGUGAGGCGUGGGUUGUGCUGAUCGCAAGGCUGCCCCAGCAGUUCCAAGGCCUGGUGGAAUCUGUCCUGGAGGUCGCUGCAAGGGACAACGAACGGGAUGCUAUUUCUCACACCUUCAACUUCUGGUACGAGCUCAAGCAAUACCUGACCCUGGAGAAGUACAUGCCGGCGAGACUCGAGUUCGUCGCGGUCUUCUCGAAGCUCGUCGACAUCAUGAUCGGCCACCUGGAAUACCCGAAGCCGGAAUCUGGCGACGAGAAAGAUCUAUUUGAGGGCGACCGUGAACAAGAGGAGAAGUUCCGGGAAUUCAGGCAUCAGAUGGGCGAUGUGCUCAAGGACUGCUGCGAGGUUAUUGGAGUGACGGAAUGCUUGCAAAAGUGCUAUGCACUGAUCGAGGAGUGGGUCAACAAGUACGGUCCUCAGGCGUCGGCUGGUCACGUUCCGGAAUGGCAGAAGUUGGAGGCACCGCUGUUCGCCAUGAGGGCUAUGGGACGUAUGGUCCCUCAGGACGAAAACAUCAUGCUCCCACGCUUGAUGCCCCUGCUUGUUCAGAUUCCGGACCAGGAGAAGGUUCGUUUCCAGGCCGUCAUGGCCCUUGGGCGCUACACGUUGUGGACCGCUCAGCACCCGGAGACUCUUCAGCCUCAAUUGGACUACAUUAUGGCAGCAUUCAACCACCCGUCUAAGGAGGUCGUCCGCGCCGCCGCCUUGUCAUUCAAGUUCUUCUGCAAUGACUGCGCGCCUCUGCUGAAGGACUAUAUUCCUCAACUCCAGCAGUUUUACACCAGCGUGCUCGACAGGCUACCUGCAAGUAGCCAGGACGAAUUGACAGAUGGCGUUGCGUCUGUUCUUGCUGAACAACCUCCUGAGGUCCUCUACGAUUACCUCAAGCUGUACUGCGAUCCCGUUCUCAAGACUAUUAUGGAGAUGGCACAGAAUGCCACCGAUGAUAAGGCUAAGCUCGCUCUUGCUGACAAGCUGCAAAUCAUUACCAUCUUCAUACAAUGGGUCCAGCCCUACGUCCCCCCCACUCAGCCACAUCCUUGCGUCAGAUACUGCCAAGAGAUCUUCCCAGUCUUCGCUACCCUUUCUGAUAACUUCACGACGUUCUCGCCUAUCCUUGAGCGCGUGUGCCGCUGCUGGCGUUACAUGGUUCUCUCCUACCGCACUCACAUGGCGCCACUGCUUCCCCAGUUAGCGGACAAGCUAGCCUCAGGAUUUACGUCAUCAAGGCAAGGCUGCUUCCUGUGGGCGACCGACUCCAUCGUGAGGGAGUUCGCUCCUGGCGUCGAGGGCAUUGACUCCAACACUCUCGCAGCUGUUUUCCAGUUCUAUUCUCAACAGGCGACGACUUUCCUAAGGGCGCUCAGCGACCUUCCUCCAGAACAGUUGCCCGACGUCAUCGAGGACUUCUUCCGGCUGUCUGUGGACGUCCUUCUAUUCUUCCCUGAUCAGUCCGUCACGUCUCCGCUCAUGCCUUCGAUCAUCUCGGCAGCUACCACGGCUCUCACUCUCCUCAAAGAGGAGCCUCUCAUCGCCUCGCUGCACUUCCUGCGCGAUUUCCUCGCCUACGGCACGGACAACCCGCCUUCAUCUGACUGGGGCGACGAGCCUCGUACCAACCCUCCCGAAAUUCAGACGGCAGUCAAGCAUCUGGUCAGCGGUCAAGGAGAUCAGCUAACCCAACGUAUCAUGACGGGCAUGAUGUACACGUUCCCUCGGGACUGCUUCCCAGAUGCUUCGGGCGUGCUGCUUGAGAUGUUCAACCUGAUGCCGGCGGAGGUGGCUCAGUGGAUCAAGACUACCGUCAGCAUGCUGCCGCCUGGGUCUAUCAGCCCGCAAGAGGCGGAGCGGCUGAUGAACAACAUCAACCAGUAUUACUCCCUUAUUCCCGAGAAAUUCACGUACAGUGCUUCUGAUGGAAGAACCAGGCGCAUCCAAUCGAACGAAGUCCGCAAAAUCCGCACGCUGCUGCAAGACUUCACUAACUCGUACCGCCGCCGUAACGUCGCGCCUCGCGAAGGCCUGGGUCGUCUCGAGGCGACCAGGUUCCGCUUCACCGGUUGA